CGCACUUUUACUUGCACCCUUUUUCCAACCCAGUUUCUAAAUCGCGGAAGUUCAGAUUCUGUGUUGAUGUUUUUUUGUACAGUACGCAGGAACAGUGUCAAUUUUUAAAGUGUUUUUAUCGCCAGACUACAAAUUAACAGAAAGAUUAGAGGCGAGACUUCCGGUUAAGAAAUGGAGGACGACGCUCCUGUCAUUUACGGACUCGAGUUUCAGGCUCGUGCACUUACAGCCCAGACAGCUGAAACUGAUGCCAUUCGUUUUCUCGUCGGUACUCAGUCACUGAAAUUUGACAACCAGAUCCACAUCAUUGACUUUGAUGAUGAGAAUAACAUCAUUAAUAAGAAUGUCCUUCUGCACCAAGCUGGGGAGAUAUGGCACAUUGGCGCCAGUCCUGCAGAUAAGGCUGUGCUCACCACCUGCUAUAACAAAACCAGUGACAGCAGGGUGGUGUCCUGUGCGGCGGUAUGGCGGAUGCCCUCCGAUUGGGAAACAGGGAGCCACGAGUCACCUGACGACUCCGCCCACAACCCCCAGACCCUGGAGCUGCUCUGUCACCUAGACGACAGCGCACACAGCAACGCCGCCUG